AUGUCGGCCUGCCCCCCCACCUGCGCGGCUCUGCUGCUCGUCCUCCUCACUCCGGCGCUCGGACAGCUGGAUCUGAACCGACUGGACGGCGACACCGUCUGCCCGCCCAUGAGGAGCGGGCAAGAUGACCUUCCAGGUUUCGAUCUGAUCACACAGUUCCAGCUGGACGUGAUUCCGCUGAAAGGCGUGAGGAAGGUGGACGGUUCCACUCCCCUCCAGGUGGCCUACCGCCUCGACAAGGAGGCCAACUUCCAAAUUCCAACCAUGCUGAACUUUCCUCGCGGCUUCCCCGACGAGUACUCCUUCAUGGUCACCUUCCGCAUGAUCAAGAACACGGUGAGCAAGGUGUGGAACGUCUGGCAGGUCGUGGACGAAGACGGCUACAAGCAGGCCGGCCUGCGGCUCAACGGCGACCAGCAGGCGCUGGAGUACUUCCUGAUGGGCGCCGACGGCAACCUCCAGACCGUCACCUUCCCCGGCCUCUCCGUGCUCUUCAACACCAAGUGGCACAAGGUGAUGAUCGGCGUGGAGCGCGAGCAGGUCACCCUGUACGUGGACUGCCAGCCCGUGGACCAGAAGCCCAUCAAGGGGAAGGGCCCCAUCAACACCGAGGGCGACACGCUCAUCGGCCGGCUGGACGCCGACCCCGACGCCUCCGUGGUGUUCGAGCUCCAGUGGAUGCUGAUUCACUGCGACCCGAAGCGAGCCCAGCGAGAGAGCUGCAGCGAGCUGCCCGCCACCGAGAUGUAUGCCAAUGCUGAGCCGGACAAGUCAGUGCAAGGCCCCCCAGGAGCCCCGGGGCCAGAGGGCCCCAGGGGGUCCCCUGGAGAAAACGGCCGAGAUGGAAGAGACGGUCUUCCAGGGUCUCCUGGCAGUCCGGGCACUCCUGGCAGCAAAGGAGAGCAGGGAGAGAUCGGCCUUCCUGGACAGAGGGGUCUACCCGGCCUUCCAGGAUCUGCUGGUUUACCCGGUCCAAUGGGACCCCGAGGGCCUGUCGGAGAGAGAGGACUUCCAGGCUUUCCUGGACCUCCAGGUCCUCCCGGCCCGACAAGUGAAGGACCUGCUGGACCUCCGGGGAAACCGGGGACUCCAGGAGACGAGGGAAACAUCGGACCCGAGGGCGCACCUGGACCCAGAGGCUCACCAGGCACAGCAGGACCCCCAGGCCCUCCUGGUCCACCGGGGCCGGUGGGACCGCCGGGUGCCAGCAACGAGGGAAGUGGGGAAGCUUGUCCUGCCGCCUGCCCCGCUGGACCUCAGGGCUUGGCCGGGGUGCCAGGGAUGAAGGGACACAAAGGUGUGGCAGGUGAGCCUGGAAAAGACGGAGUGGACGGAGAGAAGGGAGACGCUGGAGAGCCGGGCCCUCAGGGGCCGCCGGGUCGCAUGGGAGACGAUGGACAAAGAGGGCCUAUCGGCUUCCCUGGCAGCGCCGGAGAGAAGGGUGAUCGAGGUCCUCCUGGUUUCAACGGCGUCCCCGGACCCACCGGCCCACCCGGAGCUCCCGGCGUGGAGGGAAUCCGAGGUCGGCAGGGUUUGCCUGGACUGAAGGGUGACGAUGGAGCCGCGGGACCUCAAGGAGAAAAAGGUCCUCAAGGGGAGAAAGGAGAAGUUGGAGAACCCGGCACAGACGGUUUGGACGGACUUCCAGGAACAGACGGCGCCAAGGGUGAACCCGGCACUCCUGGAGCUGUCGGCCUCCGAGGGAUUGUGGGGAUUCCAGGCCUUCCAGGCAAGCAGGGAGUAGCUGGACCCCCCGGUGAUAAGGGUGAAACUGGCGCCGAGGGACCCGUCGGGCCUGUGGGACUUCCUGGCAAAAUCGGUGAACCUGGAAAAGACGGAGAAGAUGGAAAACCAGGAGAUAAGGGAGCGACGGGAGAAACAGGAAAACAAGGCCCAGUGGGACCCGAGGGCCCACAAGGAAUCCAGGGUGACAAAGGCGAUAAAGGAGCCACUGGUGCCAAAGGACUGAAGGGUCAUACUGGGCACAAAGGCGACCAGGGACCCAUUGGACCAGGGGGACCAAAAGGAAGUCAGGGAGACACAGGUGCAACAGGGGAUCCAGGAGUCAAAGGAGAUCAGGGUCCUCCUGGUGUUUCUGGAAUUCAAGGAGAGAAAGGAGAGAAGGGCCAAAGAGGAGCUGCGGGCAUUGACGGCAGACCGGGACAGCCGGGACACGAGGGGUUGGCCGGCCCGAUGGGAGCGCGAGGGCUGGAGGGCGAACCGGGACUUCCGGGAUCGCCAGGCCCGAGGGGUCUACCUGGCCCAAAAGUGACGGACGAACAGCUUCGGGAGAUGUGCUCGGCCGUCGUCGAAGAGCAAUUAGUAGAGUUCAUGAAAGAGCUUUUGAAGAAGCCAGCAGCCAUCGGCGCUCCUGGCACUCCGGGGCCGGCAGGGCCUCCCGGACCCCCAGGAGCAGCUGGAGCAGCAGGAGCGGCUGGACCUCCGGGCCCGGCGGGCGCCAAAGGCCAUCCGGGCUUCUUUGGGCUUCCGGGGGCGCCGGGCAAAAAAGGUGACGCCGGGGAGAAGGGAGACAAGGGAGACAAGGGAGAGGACGGUGUGGGAAUUAAAGGCAGCCCGGGAGCACCAGGUGCACCAGGUGCAGAUGGCGCUCCUGGCAUCGGCAAAGAUGGCAAAGACGGAGAGCGUGGUGAGCCAGGAACCCCUGGCGCCCCCGGAGCAGCCGGACCGAGGGGGCCUUCGGGACCACCCGGCCUUUGUGACCCAUCAACCUGUUUAGGCAGAUUCCCUCCUCUCUACAUGGUCAGCGGAAAGAAGUCCCCCAGCUACAAACAUAAAUGAGAGGGUCCAACUUCUUGCCACACUCCAGACCUCACC